CCAGGAGGCAAAGCGCUUAUUUAGGCUCUCCUCGAGGGCGCAUGAUUGCGUGAUGAGAAAGAAGAGAACGGCUGCCAUCAUGAACGAAUGUAAAACACACCACCGAUUUUAGGCUGGCAUUGGUGUGUGUUGGGAAAAACAAGCAAAUCGCCCAGCAAUGGAGAACCAGGCUGCGAUGGAGCAGCAGAGCUACGAGGACGUGCGGAAAAGCGGUUAUCUUCGCAAGCAGAAAUCUAUGCACCGGCGCUUUUUCGUUCUCCGGGCUGCAUCGGAACAAGGCCCGGCCAGACUCGAAUAUUAUGAAAACGAAAAGAAAUUCCGAAGCAAGUCACCAGUCCCAAAGAAAGCAGUUAACCUGGACUCUUGCUUCAACAUCAACAAACGGGCAGAUUCAAAGAACAAGCACAUGAUAGUGCUGUAUACCCGCGGGGAGAGUUUUGCCAUAGCUGCGGACACUGAGGAGGUCCAAAAUGAAUGGUACCAGGCCAUGCUGGAUCUACAAUGUAAAUGUAAGACUCCGGAUGACUGUGACAGUGGAGGAGACUGUGGACUUCCUUCCCCUGGUCCUGCCUUUAAGGAGGUCUGGCAGGUUAAAGUUUGGCCAAAAGGCUUGGGCCAGGCCAGGAAUCUAGUUGGCAUCUACCGACUUUGCUUGACCGACAAAACAGUCAACUUUGUCAAACUUAACUCUGAUGUUGCAGCUGUGGUCCUCCAGCUGAUGAAUGUGCGACGCUGUGGCCACUCUGAGAACUUCUUUUUCAUUGAAGUGGGUCGUUCAGCCAUGACAGGCCCUGGAGAAUUUUGGAUGCAAGUGGAGGAUUCAGUGGUGGCGCAGAACAUGCAUGAGACCCUUCUUGAGGCCAUGAAGGCUCUGAGUGAAGAGUUCCGUCAAAGAAGUAAAUCCCAGACUGUUGGUGUGUCUUGUGGAGGUGGAACUGCUUCUAACCCUAUUAGUGUACCAUCUAGACGGCACCACCCAAAUCUGCCACCCUCCCAAGUUGGCUUUUCCAGACGUGCUAGAACGGAAACCCCAGGAGUACCUCAUAGCACCAACACUUCCCCCACUACACGGCAUGGAUUCUCUAGGUCACGAACAGCGAGUAUUGGGGCUCGUACAGAGGAUGGAGGGGGCAGAGCAACAGCACACAGCACCAGCCCGAGUCUCAAUGGUUCAUCCUGCUCAACUACCCCAACCCUGCGACCUAAACCCACACGAGCACCCACUCCAGCCAAGAUCACCCUCAGCCUUGCACGGUACACUCCUAUCCCUGCACCUUCCCCAGCUCCCAGUCUCUCUUCCAGCUCUGGGCAUGGGUCAGAAUGUGGGUUGGGAAUAGCUGCUUUUGGAACAGUGCCCAUUUGCGCAUAUACCCGAAUUCCUCAGAGAGUGUCCAUGUCAGGAUCACCAAGUGAUUAUGGUUCCUCAGAUGAGUAUGGUUCUAGCCCUGGUGAGCACUCCCUGCUAGCCGCAGGACUCCCUGCUGCCCUGGUUGAAGGCGGAGCCAGUUACAUCCUGAUGGGUCAGCGAAAAGGGUCACACAAACGUGCUCAUGGACGCAGGGUUCUUCGUCGAGCAUCUGGUCGUGAGUGUGAAGCUGAGCGCAGGUUGCUCAACAAGCGAGCUUCCUUACCCUCUACCUCUGUCCAGGAAUGCUUGGUCUCUCGUCACAAGGAGGAGGAUGAAGAAGACUAUGCAGUGAUGUCACGCAGUGCAAGUAGAGAGUCUUUCAAUUCACGCCGAGGAUCAGUGGGUUCAGCUACAACAUCGUUGGUGCAACUGGAAAACUCAGCCGAUAAAGGUGUCAGUACUAAAGGUGGACCUGAGGAUUCCUCAGUUGACAAUGGCUAUAUGUCCAUGUUACCAGGUGUUACAGCUCCUUCUGCUUCAUUGUCAUUACCAGUUUCUGGUUCGGAUAUAGUGUCAAAGGGUGGAGAUGAAUACAUGGCAAUGACCCCCAAUAGUAGUGUCUCACCACCUCAACACAUCCGCCUACCCAUCAAUGAAGAAUACAUGAUGAUGUCUCCUAACAGUAGCUGUUCACCAGACCUGCAUGGCCUGAGUGGAUGCAUCUGGAGCAGCAGGGGCAGCAUAGAGAGUCGAGGAGGCAGCGACUACAUGAAUAUGUCACCUAUAAGUGCCAGGUCAGCAUGCAGUACUCCUCCGUCACACCCAGAGCAGCAACCACUGCAGUCAAAAAUGGUCUAUUCUUAUUUUUCAUUGCCACGUUCAUACAAACUCACCACCCUCUCAACACGCUUUGAGGAGGAUCUGGACAGGGUUUGUAUUGGUAGAGGUGAAAGGGAAGCUGGAAGAAAGGUUGGACAUAGUGGUUACCAUUGUGGAGGGGAAACACCUGUGGGCUCAGGUGGUGGCUGCCAACUCUCUCUGUCUUCAUCCUCUUUCUCCUCUAGCUCAGCUAGCAGUGAAAGCCUUGAAGACAGAUCGUUGUCUCUGUCUGUAGGUGGAGUGGGAAAAGCAAGUCGGUUGGGCACAGGACACAGGGUAGGGGGUGCUCACCCCAAAGUCUCAUCCCACCACCAUCACCAGCAGAGAUGUGGGCCAGGUGUCCAGAAACAGGGUCAUUUAUUGCAAAGGAAGGACAGGUCCUCCAGCUUUUUUGUCGAUACGUCCAAAGCCAACACGCUGCCAAGAGUCAAGGAGACUUUGCUACCAACUGCAUCCCUGAGCCCUGGAGAGUAUGUGAGCAUUGUUUAUCAGGGUAAACGAGCAGGGCAUGACAAAGGGAGGAGUACAGAUAAACCAGGGAACUCCAUUGUUCAAGGACCUCAAAGAGCCUUUCACAGACCACAGCCAUGUCAGGGUGGAACUGCCAACCUUCCACGGAGCUUCUCAGCACCCCUCUCCACCUCCAUCUCUUUAUCCUCUGAAUACGUGAACAUGGACUUAGAUAACUCACCUUCUUCUCUCACUCCUCUCUCCUCUUUCAAACCUGUGCCAAAAAUCAGAGAGGAACUCACCAGAGCUCCUCAAGUGGAUCAAGAAGUGGCACUUAGGAAGAGCAGGGAGACAGGUUUGACAUCUGCAGAUGUGGCCGCUGCUCCUUUUACAGACUACACUGAGAUGAAAUUUGGAUCCCCAAAGUCCCCAAAACCUGGCCAAACACCCAAACCAUCCUCCAUGGAGCAGGAGCACAACCCAAAUUUCCCCUCCCCCAAGACUUUUUCAAAUGUUGAUCAGAGUGCCCGACUAGUCAGGGCAGAAUCAUCAACAAGAAGACGGCACCGCUCAGAGACAUUCAUGGCCCCUCCAACUCUCCCCAUCUCCCCAUCUCUUUCUCCUUCUCUUUUUCCUGAAACACCACACGGUGCUCCAUCACGACAGCAAGGAUUAGAGAGUAACCUUUGGGCUAGUGGUCACCCACCCUCCCCACAGUGUGCCAGUCCUUGCAUAGCAACUCUAUCUGUUGUUCAGGCUUCCUCCUUGUCCCUGGAGCAAGGCCUAAACUACAUUGAUUUAGACUUGGUCAGUAAGGAGAAUUCUCAAACCAGUGUCGAUGGACCCUCUGGCCCUCACUCAUUUUUUUCUCCUGUAGUAGUAGGAGUAGGUGGGGCAGGAGGAAGCACUGCCUCCUGCAUCAACACAUAUGCCAGCAUUGAUUUCAUCAAGUCAGAAGAAAUGAGAGUUCAUCAGGCCAGCAGGAAGGACAACAAAGAUUGUUAAUGUGUUCCUGCAGUCAAAACAAGAUGGAGACGCAGUCAACGUUUGUCCUUCCGGCAGGAGUGUUUGUCUGUGUGUGCACCUGAUGUGUUGUGAAAAAUGGUGCGAUUGCCCAAAUCCCUCUGCAGUGGAUACUUAACUGCCCUUGCCUCACAACAACAUUUACUCUCAUUAGUUUCCAUUAGUUCAAUCAAACUAACAUUUGUGCCAAAAGACUAUUGGUCAUGUCCACCAGAGAAGACAGAGACGGAAAGGUCAUUCAGCCAGUCAUGAAUGGCCACUGCGAAUCUUGACUGCCAACCAGGAGACAAUGGAGCCAAUGAUAUUCUAUUUCCCUCUAUCACAAACUUUAAAGUAUUGUAAAAGAGAUGUUAAAUAGUAUAAAGAUAGAUUAAAAAUAUAUAGCAGACAUAAUAUUAUUGAGAAUAAAUCUAUCUACAUAUAUAUAAAUACAGCAUUUUUUUUUAAAGUGCCUCAUUUUUUAUUGUAGACAUUUUUACACAGGUCUUGAUAUGCUCUGUAAAAGAAAAAUGCUUUGUUAUUUUUCUUGCUUUGCCCGUUCCUUUGUGUUGCUCAGCGUAAGGUAUCCUGAACAAAGUCAAAAGACAGAUUGGAGUUUGAGAGAGAGAUAGAGAGAGAGAGAGGAAAUACUAUUUGUUAGGAAGAAGAGCUUUAUUUGCUGUAGUUUGUAUAAUCAGAUUGCCUUACUGUGCUGUAUUAGCGUGUAUGUGUGUGUAAUUCUGUGAUAUCAGUCGUCUAAGCCUCAGCCAUGCUGUGCCUCAGUUCAGUUAAAAAGAGCUGCACUAACAUUCACACACACACACACAUACAAUGAGAGAUCUGUGGAUUCAUAUGUUUAUCUGAGCAUGGUGGCAUCAGAUGGCUGGGAGCACAAAAUCAGAUACCUGAGAGCAGUCUGAUCAACAGUAUUGAGCGUGUGUGAGAGAGAGAGAGAGAGAGAGAGAGAGAAUUGUCCAUGCAGUAAAACCAGGGUAGUAAUAUUGUUUUUUUGUCAUCCCCAGUUUUCUUCAUACUCUCACACACACAUUUAGAAUUAAAACUAAAAUGCAAGUUUGCAUAUCAGCAGACUGACCUACAACCUACUCUAUAAAUUUGAGUAUAUCUGUCAUCAUAUUUCUCUCUCUGUCUGACCGGUUGAUGUUGUUUCUCUGACUGGUAUUUAGUAUUUACACUUCUAUGCUUACUGAGAUUUUACAUAGACACACUUACACACACUUAACUCACCCCUUAAUAGUGAAUGUGCUCUAGUGUUAUCAGCUUUUGAUUAUUAUGUUUCAUUAUUGCAACUUAAAAGUGACAGUUACAAGGGAACAGGGUCUUUUUAUGUGUUCUAUACAGGGGUACCUGUCUCUUCACAUUGCUGAAACGUAGCACGGCUGUUCUUUUUUUAAAGUAUUUUUUAAAAAUAUAUUUUUAAGCACCUGUUUUAACUUUUACUAUUCAUUUUAAUGGCUUCUGUAAUUUUCUAAUUAUCCUACAGUUUCAUUUAGUGUUGUGAAUGUAACUAACAAUAAUCAUUUGUCGAAAUUAUCCUGUUUGAGUGCCAUGUCAUUCAAUGAAGAAAAUGAGUGAUCUCAUAAAGCAAAACAUUUCUGCUUUUUAAUACCAGAUUUAGUACCAGAUAUUUUUCUCUUUUGCCUGCACAAUCUACAUAUUUUCUAUUACUAAGAUAUGCUAAUGUAAACUCAUAUUUUACAUAGUUAUACAGCUGCCUUCAUUUUAAAGGAAUUAACAUUAUGAAGCCUUAUAGUGUUAAAUAAAUGCCUUUUCUAUCAUGUAAAAAUAAGAGCCGCCUCGAUCUUAGGUUAUACAUAUUAUAAACAGUACAUGUUGUUUAAUGUGUAAUACAUGCAACAUAAUGUAAUAAUACAAUUGUCCACAUACCUCAUAAUCUCUACUAAGAAUUAAAAUGAACAGAGCAACAACAGGUGGUGAUUAUGAUGGUACUGUAGGGUGGGCUUAAUUAUGUCUCCUUAAACUGGACAUAUGCCUUUUUUAAAUCCACCUCAUGGGGAGUUCAUGACAAAAACAAAGACAGCAUCUCAAACAUGAACUGUGUUUGCAUGUGUGUGUGUGUGUGCGGGCGUGCAUAUGUGUUUCUGUCCACUCCAAUUGCAAAGCGCUUUUGAUUAUUCUGUUUUAUUCUAUAUAUUUACUCUAUUUUGAUUGCCUUAUUGUCUGUAUUAGCUCUUAUUUAAUACACGGCAGCUGUAAAAAUUAUGCUUUUUAUUCUAAAACAUUGGGAAUUAUGUUUGAAGUUUCUGCAUUCUAGAGCAGUGGGAUUUAUUUCCUUCUUUUUUUUUCCUUCUUUUUUUCCCAGAUUGACGGGUGUCUGAUUUGGUGUAGAUAAUUGUAUACCCAGUCUUUCUUUGCAGAAAAUAUUACAUGGUAUUAAGUGAUGUAGAAAUACAACCAAGGUCAUAUGUAUACUGUAGGUAAGGACUAUGUAUAUAUAGUCCAGAAAAAAGAAAAGAAAUCCUUUAUUGUGUCUUUAGUACCUGCCAACUGUUAGGAAAAAAGGGUCUGAUAUGCACAAUCACGGGUCUGUGUAAAGGUACUAAGUUGAUCUGUUAUUCUGUAUAUCUAAUGCUAAGAAAAAUUCAAUGACAAUGGUGUAUAAAGGGGUUUAAUGCAAGAGUUAUUAGGCUGUGAGCUGCUGUUUAGUUCUGUGAAUAAGCGGAAAUGCUGGGCUUGCGUGGGCAGGGGAGACUGUAUGGUAUGGAUAUAGUAGAAUGUCUGUUAAAUUCAGAAAUACCUUAUUGAUUAUUGCCUGUGAUUAAGACAAUGUCACUGCAAUUUUAAAAAAAAAAAAAAAGAUGAA